AUGCCCCAGAAGAUUGUUCUCGACACAGACCCCGGAGUGGACGACGUCCUCGCCAUCCUCCUCGCCCUCGCAUCGCCCGAAGUCGACCUUGCCCUCGUCUCCAUUGUCUUCGGCAACACCCACGCCCCCGUCGCGCACAAAAACCUGAUCAAGAUCUACCACCAGCUCGCCAAGGAGAUUGAAGUAGUCCCGGGAGCGGACGCGAGGUACGAGAGGUUGAGGGGGGCUGAAAAGACUGUCCUCGCAUUGGGCGAGGAUGGACCGAUCGGUGGAGAGAAGGCUGUGGCUGCCUACUUUCACGGCCCAGACGGAUUGUCAAAUAUCAGCGAGACCCACCCUCACUUGACGCCUCCCGAGAUUGCCCACGGCGAGGGCCACGAGCACCUCGAAAUCACCUCCAAACCUUCAUAUCAGGCUAUCCUCGACCUUCUCCGCAAAGAGCCAGAAGACACUGUCACUAUCGUUGCGCUCGGUCCUCUGACCAACCUCGCCCACGCCCUCCGCGCCGAGCCCGAGACUUUCCAAAAAGUAUCUCGUGUCGUCUGGAUGGGUGGUGCUUUCGAGUCCCCUGGCAACACCUCGCCCGUUGCCGAGUUCAACUGCUUUGCCGAUCCCUACGCUGCCGCCGCCAUCCUCGACGCUACCAAGGCCGGUAAGAUCGAGCUCAUCCUCGCCCCUCUCGAUAUCACCACCCCUCACGCUAUCCCCUUCUACGACCUCAUCCACCCCAGCGUCGUUCCCAUCGCCAACGAGACUGGAAAGGUGCCAGUCAAGGGCGAACCCACGCCUUUGGAGAGCUUCACCAGUGCCAUGCUCGUAAGAGUACGCGGUCUCCAGGCGAGCUUUGGUUUGCCAGACUCGAUGGAGAUGCACGACCCCGUCGCUGUCUGGUUUGCCCUCGCGCAUGCUUCUCAGAAGCGAGGCUCCGCCCCCGCAGCUGGCUGGCGUCUUAAGCCGAGAGAGUUCUUGAUCGAGCGAAAUGGCGAGUUGACAAGAGGCAUGUGUGUGGUGGAUCGCCGAGGGACAGGAGAGACUGGCGUGGAUAGGAGUAAGGAUGAGAAGAUCAAGUCGCAGGGUUUGGGGAAGGAUGAGCUGCCUGAGAAGGAUGAGGGGACGGGGAGGAUGGGCGAGACCAUUGACAAAACGAAGAAUCUACCCUUGGUCAUCACCCAUACUCCGGGGACUGAGGUGCUUAGAGAGGUGCUUCUGAGCAGGGUCUUUGGGAGAGAGUUCUAG